AUGUCUGUGGUGAUGACCGAAGAGGAGCGAGCGCGUCAGUUGCGAGCGGAGAAGUUAGCGAAGAUCACUGGGCGCUCUGAUAGUCUUGGGAAGAUCGAGCCUUUUUUGUCGUGUAGUGAUGAAGAGGAGGCGAGUAUGAAUGGGCAAAUGAUACGAAAGUCCGACAAAGUGAAACAAAUGAGUGGGGAACGCCCACUUGCAUUUCAAGUUGAAGAGAACGACCAUAGUGUGAAAGAUAAAAAGAUAUCAAUUAUUACAAAACGGUUUGGCGAAGACAGUAAUGUCAACGAAGUCCUUCCUUUUGUUUUAGAUGUGAAAGACAAAGAUGAAGCCGUAAGUAAAGGAAAACAACUCAAAACUAUGGAGAAAGUCAAAAGAAAGAUGGGGCAGGACUGA